AUGGAUGGGUCGGCUCUUACCAGCUGCGCCGCGGUAAUAAUCCUUCUUUUCCUGCCGUUGGGCGCAUCCGACGACCGGCUUGUGCCCGGCAGGGCGCUCUCCCCGGGCAACACCAUCGUUUCUGAUGAUGGUGGAUUUGCCUUGGGCUUCUUCAACCCCUCCAAUUCCACUCCGGCUAGGCUGUACCUAGGCGUAUGGUACAACGACAUCCCCGAGCUCACCGUUGUGUGGGUCGCCAACCGAGAUACUCCGGCCACCAACACAACUUCCUCAGCACCGAAGCUCUCCCUCACCAACAACUCUAAUCUGGUUCUCUCCGACAGUGAUGGCGGCAGCCGUGUCAUUUGGAUGACAGCCAACAUGGCUACUGCUAUGGUCUCGUCUACCCCGACGGCGGUGCUUCUAAACACCGGUAACCUCGUCAUCCGAUCGUCAAACGGCACCACGCUAUGGCAGAGCUUCGACCACCCCACAGACACGUUCCUUCCCAGCAUGAAGCUUGGCAUAAACUACAUGACACUUACCACCACCGGGCGCAUGGUAUCCUGGAAAGACACCAGCAACCCCUCGCGGGGGCGCUUCUCCUAUGGUAGCGACACAAAUAAGUCGGUCCAAUUAUUCCUGUGGGACGUCGAGCACCCGGUAUCUCGUGCGCCCCCAUGGACAGGGUAUCUAGGCAAACAACAACUACUUGCAGCCACAAAUAUCAGCGAUCUUAUCAUCUACCUAGCCUAUGUUGACAAUGACGAUGAGGCAUACAUCUCUUAUAGCCUCUCCGAGGGCGCCCCACGCACCAGGAUUGUGCUAACCUACUAUGGCGAGUUUCAGGCUCAAAGCUGGAGCAGUAGGUCAUCCGCAUGGGUUGUCCUUUGGAAAUUUUCAACAGUUGAGUGCAGCCGUUACAAUUACUGCGGCCCAUAUGGUUACUGUGACGAGACGGCCACAGCACCCACGUUGGCAACAUGCAAGUGCCUUGAUGGCUUUGAACCGAGUAGCACGGAGGAGUGGACCAGCGGCAAAUUCUCGGCGGGGUGCCGACGGAAGGAAGCACUGCGAGGAUGCAGUGACGGCUUCGUUGCCUUGCCGGGAAUGAAGUCACCUGACAGGUUUUUACUUUUAGGUGGAGGUAGGAGUAAGUAUGAGGAGUGUGCGGCGGAGUGCAGCCGCAAUUGCUCCUGUGUGGCAUACGCGUUCGCCAACCUGAGCAGCGGUGCUCGGUUGGGAGGACAUGUGACGAGGUGCUCGGUGUGGUCUGGGGAGUUAAUGGACACGGGAAAGGUAGGGGAGCUCAACGGCGAGACACUCUAUCUUCAACGUGCAGGCAUGGGUGAAAGUGAAACAAAAGGUAAAAGAACAAAGAGCAAUGCAGUGAGGAUUGGACUGCCAAUUGUAGGCUCUGGUAUUCUGGUACUCGUAUGCAUCUCCUUUGCAUGGUUAAUACUCAGAGGCAAGAACAAGAAAGGGACAAAGCGAAAGAAGAUAAGAUUUGAGGGUAUGAGUAUAUCUGAUGAAUUUGAAAAUGAAAACCCUCCUCAUGAUCAAGAAUUUCCAUUCGUAAGAUUAGAAGAAAUUGCCCUCACAACCCACAAUUUCUCUGAACUAUGCAUGAUUGGACGCGGAGGCUUUGGUAAAGUAUACAAGGGAAUGUUAGGUGGUCAAGAAGUUGCAAUCAAGAGGCUAAGUAGAGAUUCUCAGCAAGGAACACGAGAAUUUAGGAAUGAAGUGAUUCUAAUUGCCAAAUUGCAACAUAGAAACUUGGUUCGACUUCUUGGAUGCUGCAAUGAGGGAGAUGAAAAGCUGCUGAUAUACGAAUGA